AUAGGUAAUUUUGAUAUUUAACGAUUGUUUCCUUAACGGUCAAGCAGUAGAGCUGGCAGCGUGUGAAUGUGCAGCGCAGCCUUGGGCUGGAGACUCCUCGAUGGUAGUGGCGGAAGUAGGUGCUAGGUGUCGAUGUGGUUGUGUACUGCACCUAGCUCCCACUGCUAGACUGUUGGCCGGUUCUGCCAGAGCCUGUCCUGCCAGAUCAUUCUGGCUUUUAAGGGCUGAAGAGGGCCUGGUGGUCAGACUCCGUAUGGAAGCGGUGCGUCUUCCAUGCGCUGGACAGUCGCUGAGGGCAAGAGACGGUGACUCUUUAGGGUCGCCACUAUUAGCUUCUUGGGAUGGACCUGAUAGUACGGCUGUGACAUCUGGUGACGUGGAGACCACGACAGAUGGCAGUGGGGUCAUGGAGAUAGCUGGAGGUCGUCAUAUACUGGUGGAGCUACGUUCAGGAGAUACCAGUGACCGUUGCGCUGGCGGAUUCCUCGCUCAUGCUACGCAAAUAGAACCGAUCCGCAACGCAUCAGCCGCAUGGGCUUCAGUGAGUGGUGGCAUGUGGUGGCGAGGUGGUGGUGGGGCGAGAGAAGCUGCUGUAGCCCUCGCAGCCGCUGCAGCGCUGGCCGCACUCUGCCUAGCGCUACAUUCAGCGCACAGAACAAGGGCUUACCAGCGCGCCGCUGAUAAGGAGUCGCUCACCGACAGUGACGCAUGUUCAGCUUCACUGGAGCUGGGUGGAGCACCAACAGGGUCGCGCAGUACUCUUCUAUCCGAGGUAGUCGGUGGUGGUGUCUCACUGCGGAGACUGCUACCUUCAGGGAAGACCAGGCACACGAGGCUCCGGGACUCUGAUAGACAUUCUGAAAACGUGGAACAGAGGGAUGAAGAGGAUCCUGGGACUGAUAUUGAAGCAGAACCAGACAACACAAGCGUGGCGAGCGCAGAAAGUGUUGCCAGUCAAGCGACGGUCACCCCUGAGACUGUGUCGUCUAGCAGCGCACCUGUCACUGGCAACAUUCCACCUUCACCCCUUCGAAGAUCUCAUACGGUGUCUGUGACAAACGUCUCACAAACACAAGCGCCACAAGUUACUUCACCACCCCAGUCAACAACCGAUUCGUUGGUGGUUGAAAUGAGUACCAGCGUGAGCAGCGUGAGUGAAAGAGACAGCUGUAGCGAGAAAGAUAGAGACAGCUGCAUAUGGGACAAGGAUAGAAGCGAGAGCAGAGCAUCAUCAUCAACGUCUGCAGCAACACUAACUAACGGGUGGUAUUCGCCAGCUCUUAGCGGCGUGUCCGCAGCGAGGAUCAGAGACAACCCGAAGCAUACCAAAGAAUCUUGCAACCGUCGUCUAUUGAGGUCAGACCUCAGCCUGACCUCACACCCGGAGAUGGAAAUCGACUAUUAUGACUACGAAGUUAAUAACGCUGGUUCAGUUCCUGGUUCGUAUUUGGGAAUGGAUCCAGCUUUCCUAGUAUGGAUUCCACCGCUUGAAGAAGGCGACAUCCUGAAGGAGAUUGAUGAAAACAAAGUGCCAAUAUAUGAGGAAAUUUUACCAAAGGAUCUUCAUCCUGACCCCGGCAGCAACACAGAGUCACCUGAAGAUAGACCGUCAUCAAGUACUCUCAAGAGGAACCCUGAUAACCGCAUCAACAGAUCGAACGAGUCCAUCAAAUCAUUUCGCAAAGUCAUCGAAAAGGGAAACAUAAUACACCCGCUGAAUUUCAGCAUAAGCGAUUUGCAAAACUCGCCCAAAAUGACAAAAAGGAAUAAGAAAAAGAAAGCUGAAAGUCCUGUGACGAUACAAAUGAAGGAUUUGACGCUAACGCGAUCUCCAGUAAGAGUGCACAGAAAAGAAAAUCGAAGCGACUACGAUACGUCGACAUUAAAAAGGGUAAAUGAGGCCAAAGAAAAAGAUUCUGCUACUCUAAAAAGGAAUGAUUUCUCAGAUUUAAAAUUCGCCGACGAAAAUUCUGAUUCGUCAAGUGAAAUUAAAUUUGCCGAUGAUUCACCAGAUAGCAAUAGGAUUGUUGAUAAAUAUAAUGUUAAAACUUAAUUAGGAUACAUCGUUGGAACCCGAUACAUAGAAACCACAUUUAGGAAUUAUUUAAAAAAUUGUAUUAUAUUACCCCAUUUCGAA